AUGAUGUCUCGCGAGUCGCGCAUAAUUAUCCUCCUCGUAAUUGAUGUUGUCUUCUUCUUCGUCGAGCUCAUUGUUGGAUAUGCGGUCGGCUCACUCGCCCUUGUGGCGGACAGCUUUCACAUGCUCAACGACGUGCUGAGCUUGAUUGUGGCUCUCUAUGCAAUUAGGCUCACACAACAAACCCACAUCGACUCUCGUUACUCGUACGGAUGGCAUCGGGCUGAAAUUUUGGCGGCGUUGAUCAAUGGCGUCUUCCUCCUUGCCCUAUGCUUCUCUAUCUUCUUGGAGGCCAUCGAGCGGUUCUUCAGCACUCCAGAAAUCUCGAAUCCUCGCUUGGUUGUACUUGUUGGUUCCCUUGGGUUGGCAUCGAACAUCGUUGGGUUGUUCCUUUUCCAUGAACACGGUCAUGACCACGGUCAUAGCAAAGAAAGUCCAUCCGUGUCCAAGCCAUCCAGUAUGCAUUCUCUCGAUGAUGGCCAAAUCACCCCUCGCGCCCCCGCCACUCCCUCGCCCAUUCCUCGUCCCAAAUCUCGCGACCGGUCCGCCUCGUACUCAUCGCUGUAUGGCCAUCCCGCUGCGACGCGCGCGUCUUUCGUGCAGGCUGCGAACGACGUUGCCCGCGCACGUUCUCCUUCCCCUUCCCGUGGCGGCCGAUCACGAUCCCAGGCACGCCGCGCCAGCAUGUCUACAUCGCGCGACUCGGCCAUCUGCAUCUCAGGGGAAGAGACACCCGAGGCCCUCCAGGAAACGACGCCCCUGCUGAACGGAAAUGGAGAAGCGGCAUCAGAGGACUCGGGGUCGCAUUCGCAAGGCCACGGACACGGCCACAGUCACGGUGGUCAUGGGCAUUCACACGGAGGAUCCAUGAACAUGCGCGCGCUGGUUUUGCACGUCUUAGGUGAUGCUCUGGGCAACGUCGGUGUCAUUGCGACGGGUCUGGUCAUUUGGCUCACCGCCGUGAGCUGGAAGUACUACUUCGACCCGAUCAUCAGUUUGGUGAUUACCGUCAUCAUCUUCUCGUCAGCUUUGCCUCUGGUGCGCAGCACCGCGUUCAUUCUUCUUCAAGGCGUACCGUCAACGAUCUCUCUAGAGGACGUUCGUGACGCGAUUCUGGACGUGGACGGCGUUCUGUCCGUGCACGAGCUUCACAUCUGGCAGUUGUCGGAGAGCAAAAUUGUUGCGUCGGUGCAUGUGAUGGCUUCGCGCAAGCACGACUUCAUGCCUGUGGCGGCACAGAUCCGGAAGGCGCUCCAUGACCGUGGCAUCCACUCAAGCACCAUCCAGCCCGAAUACCACCCGCCGCGCAAUGCGCCCCCAGACGAGCACCUCCGGACGUCGGCCGAGACAUCGUGCCUUAUUGUCUGUCCCCCGAACCAAGAAUGCAGCCCGUCUGAGAACGCCUGCUGUCCCCCUCCGCCGACCGAUGUCUGA